UGUGCCCCCUGCCCCCAGAGCCAGAGAAUGGUGGCUACAUCUGCCACCCCCGGCCCUGCAGAGACCCCCUGACAGCAGGCAGUGUCAUCGAGUACCUGUGUGCUGAAGGCUACAUGCUGAAGGGUGACUACAAAUACCUGACCUGUAAGAAUGGCGAGUGGAAACCGGCCAUGGAGAUUAGCUGCCAUCUCAACGAGGAAAAAGACACCCAUACGUCACUCGGGGUCCCCACGCUCUCCAUAGUGGCUUCUACUGCCAGCUCCGUGGCACUCAUUCUCUUCCUCGUGGUGCUCUUUGUGCUGCUGCAGCCAAAGCUGAAGUCUUUCCAUCACAGCAGGCGUGACCAGGGUACAUCUGGAGAUCAGGUCUCCAUCAUGGUAGAUGGAGUCCAGGUUGCACUACCAUCAUAUGAGGAGGCUGUGUAUGGCAGUUCUGGUCACUGUGUGCCGCCAGCUGACCCCAGAGUGCCGAUUGUGUUGUCAGAAGGAUCUGGGCCCAGCGGGAGGAGCAUGCCAAGGGAACAGCAGCUGCAGGACCAGGGGGCCUGCUCCUCCGUAGGUGGAGAGGAAGAAGCCCCGGGCCAGUCCGGACUGUGUGAAGCCUGGGGCUCUCUGGGCUCCGAGACUGUGAUGGUGCAUCAGGCGUCCACCUCCUCUUGGGUGGCUGGCUCAGGGAACAGCCGACUGGCACACAAAGAAGCCACAGAUUCAGAGAACAGUGACAUACAAAGCCUUUUAUCCCUCACGUCGGAGGAGUACACAGAUGAUAUUCCACUGUUGAAAGAAGCAUGAGGGCUGCCGCCAGCCUCUGUCCUCUCUGCCCUUCCUCCCUCUCCCUGUGGGUUUGAGCACCGUGUACUCUCCAGCCACCCCCGGAUACUUGAGCUGCCACCUGUGUAUCUGUGUAUCUCUGAGGGCCUGCAGGCCCACCUUGCUGGAAACUGAAGGAAGAUUCUCGCCAUCUGCCUGCUGGACAGCUGGAGGAGCUGGCUCUUUGCCUGGCCUGGCCUUCCUAUCUGUCGGGGACAUAUUUGAAUGUGCUGGAUUGAACCCUUUUCUUUCCCUGAGCCUCUGGGUCCCCUCCAGCCACAUUUUUGGCCACAGCCCCACCAGCCCACAUGGGCCUCAGUGCCGCUGCAUUUACUUGUGCCUUCCCCCCACCCCUUCCAGUUUCCCUGUCAUGCGGGCUUGUUGCUGUCCACAAGCCUUAGUGGCCACACAGCUGUCCCUUGCCUCACAGGGGCCGGGCCUGAGUCUGGUCUGUUUCCUUUGAUUGCUGGCACUGCUGCCCUUUGCAGGAGCAGACACAAAAGUGAGAGCUCUCAAGUCAGGAUUGGCUCUAACUGGAGUGAGUGUGUGAGUCCCUGGGCUUGCCUUGGUUACUUUGUUGGUGCAUUUCCUUGGCCGAGGAUGGAGAUUUCGGAAAUUGUGCCAAAGCCAUCCCAACACCUGGCUUUCCAGCUCAGAGGUGCAGGCCCUUGGUCCUGUUGAGUUGAGAGUUUCCAAGAAGCAUCCAGAAGGUCCCGAGGGAGGGAAGAAAGGUGGCUGAUAAUGAUUGUCUUCCUGAUAUGCAAGUCCCUACUUCCUCCUUCAGCAUUGGGCUUCCUGGCCUUGGUUUCCCCUACUUCCCUGUAGUGUAGGGGAGAUUGCAUGCUGCCUCCUGGGUUUAAUUCCAGGCAGCUCCGGCUUCCCUGCUGCCCACAGGGCCUGAGGCAGGAGAGCUGCUGAGGUGCCAUGGAAUGCCCAUCUGGUCACUGGCAGUCUGGGCAGGUUGCCCCUUUCUGGGUUCGUGGUGAUGGAGGGGAGGCCAAGAGGCACAGACGGAGUUUCUGGGUGGCUGCAGGCAGCUCCAGCCCAGUCCUGAGGAUCCUCCUCACCAUGGUCAUGUGCCUUAGUAACUGUGCCCAGGAAGUGGCCUGCUGUCUGCCACGCCACUGCUUUCCCUACUUUUUUUUUUUUUUUUAAGAUGACCGGUAAGGGGAUCUUA